AUGCGUAUCCAUUUCGCGCCAGUACUCCUUGGAAUCUCAUGCGCAGCAGCCUAUGUCGCAAGGUCACCAGAGCACUUGCUGGAUCUUACCCCUCGGGUCUGGAAAAAAGCCGAAAUAUGCAAGCUUCCCUUCACUGGGGUAAGCCAAAUGACGUUGAACAACACCUGGGGGAAAAGCGGUGCUGGCGAGUUUCUCGAUAAGUUCCUGAAGAAAUAUGGAACUACAAACUGGACCAACAAGUUCUUUCAACAUACCGUGAAUAUGGGUAAACAUGGCGGCUCGACGUUUAACUGUAUGAGUUACCCUGGCGGCGGACCCUGUUCGACACCUGAAAGCUCAGCCUGCGAAACCUACAACCCGCCAGAGGCCUUCUUUGUCCAUCAAUCAUUAGGGAUGCUGAAGGGUGCUCUCGAUAGAAUCCAUGAAUCGAUUCAAAACUUUAUGAUUAGUGCCCUGCUUGAAGACAUACAGAAUGCGGUUGACAUAUUUGGUCCUCCUGAAUCAGAAAAUCGCUAUAUAUGGUCAUUGAUGAUUGGCGUGUUUGUAUCUGCAGUCGCGUUUACCGGUCCAGUCUGGCAAAUUGGUGCUCCACUAACUGGGGUUGUUGGUGCUCUGAAUCUGGCUGCUGGUGCGGAGGCAAAGAAUGCCAAACCUGUGAGACCCGCAGACUUCAAAAAACUAACGGAGAAGGAUGUGAAUCGUUUCUUUACGAGCAUUGAAAGAGCUCUCAAGGAAACUGUCGAGGCAGUUUUUGGAGGGAAUUUCGAGAGUGUUGGUGAAAUCGAAGAUAAGGUCAAGUGGAUCGGAGGAAUAUUUUCAGAAGGCAAAAUGAUGGACAACACAAAACUUGAGCCGGCUAUCAAUACCUAUACCAACGCAAUUGCGGCAAUGAUUCGCUGCACGGCGAUCGUAAAGAGAACAGAGGACCACUUGAGUCCCGGACCCCAAAUACUCAUGACUGAAAAGAUGUAUAACUCUUUCACCAAUUACUAUGGCUUCGAUUACAAGACAGCCUUAACAAAUGCUGUCGACUGCGCAGUUAAAAAAGGCAGCGGCUCUCCUGAUUGGACGAAACUCCCAUCUUUCACUCAAAAAUCGAAAUGGCCUGAAUGCUUUGUUAACCUUCCCGUGAAAGAUGAGAACUUCUUUGGAGAAUACCAACCCAAAACACCAAACCCAAAAAAUCCCUGGAGGAGUGGUUGGUGCGGGCUCCACAUUACUCAGUAUCAGAAAAACCAAAACCAAAAGGGGUGGAAGACGGGGAAAGAGUUUGAGUUUGACGUGAAGAUAUUUGAUGCUGAACAGAAGGAAAUUGGAAGCGCAAAAAGGGAAAAAGCAAACACUGGAAAGAGUUUUGGGAUUGGCAGUAUGCUUCCAUACAAACUCAUUGUCACAGCUGGCAAAUAUGACAGUUCUCCUAUCGAAUUUGCGUAUGCAGGGGCGCACUGGGACUCUGAUAAUAGGAAACAAUGCAAAAUUUCAGCCAUGUAUGACAAGGGGGGUCUUCACUGGAUUGCAGUUCUGGAGCGAGAUCUUCAUCUGACGCUUAAAACAUUUAGUUCCGCCCUUAGUGGUUCAAGGGCUAUGCAGAAGCCCUAG